AUGCAAGGGGUUUAUGGAGCGGGGUCCUGCCAGCUGAUGGUAAAAUUUAUUCCCGGUAGUGUUUAUCAGGCAGGAGAUGUGGUGAUCGGAGGUCUGUUUCCUGUUCAUCUAAUGGCACCACAGCCUGAGACAGAAUUUCAGAGUGAGAAGGUUAAUGCCUUCUGUGAGAUUUUUCACCAGAGAGCUUAUCGGUGGCUUCAGGCCAUGAUCUAUGCAGUGGAUGAAAUUAACAAUAACCCAGAUCUCCUGGCCAACUUCACUCUUGGCUAUCUGGCAGCUGAUACUUGCCUAGCAGAAAGCAUCACUCUGUUAACAGCCAUGUCUAUUGUAACUGGACAGGAAGCUCAUUUGGCAAAAUCAGAAUGUGGAUCUGUGCCUACAGUGCCAGUUAUUGUUGGUGAUUCACGCACUUCAGCCUCCAUUGUUGUGGCAAACACCCUCAGCGUGUUUGAUAUACCCAUGGUAAGCUACUUAGCCUCCUGUGGGUGUCUGAGUGAUAAGAGGAGAUAUCCACUGUUCUUCCGCACAAUGCCCAGCGAUGCUGCAGAAGCAAGGGCCAUGGCUGUGCUGCUGCGCCUGAUGGGGUGGGCGUGGGUGGGGCUGGUGUCUGCGGAUGAUGAUUUUGGCAGAUCUGGGAUGCAGAUGUUAAUAGAAGCCCUCAGGGGAACUGAAGUGUGUGUUGCCUACAAUGAAGUGAUUCCAAAGGACUAUCCAAAGAUGAGAAUUCAAAGAAUUGUUAAAACCAUCCAGAAAUCCACUGCCAGAGUCGUGGUAAUAUUUCUUAAAGAUAUGGAUGCAGAGGCUUUGUUUGAGGAAGUGGUCCAUCAAAAUGUAACAGAUAAGCAGUGGAUCGCCAAUGAUCCUUGGGUGACAUAUCGUGCUUUCUCAGUUCCUCGUUAUGUUUCCUCACUGGCUGGGACGAUAGGAUUUGCUCUGCGGAAAGCCGAUAUACCUGGGCUGGGAGCGUUUCUGACUCGCAUUAAUCCCCAUUCACCCAACUCAGACCCUUUUGUGAAAGAACUCUGGGAAACACUGUUUGGAUGCUCUCUUAGUGGGGGCCUGGGACAGACAUUGUGUUCUGGCUCUGAGGUUAUAGCCCUUGGGGAGAGUUUGUAUGCAGAUCUGUCCCAGCUAAGAGUCACUUACAAUGUCUACAAGGCUGUUUAUGCUAUUGCUUAUACAAUAAAAGAUAUGCUGGCCUGUGAACCUGGAAAAGGUCCCUUUCUGGAAGGCCAGUGUCCUGAUGUUGAGAUGCUCCAGCCUGCUCAAAUAGCUCACUACCUGCCAAAGGUGAACUUUACAACACCUUUGAAGGAAUGGAUGAACUUUGAUGAGAAUGGAGACACACCUGCUUCGUACGAUAUCAUCAACUGGCACGUGACAGUUCAGGGAACAGCAGAGUUUGUCACUGUUGGCCAUUUUGUGCCCUCUCAAGGGUCAGAUGGCCAGUUUCACAUUGACAUGGACAGAGUGGUGUGGGGAGGAGGCAACAGACAUAAGGUGCCUGUGUCUGUGUGUAGCAGCCCUUGUCCCCCUGGUACAAGGAAAGCUGUGCAGAAAGGGAGUCCUGUGUGCUGCUUUGACUGUCUGCCUUGUGCCAAGGGAGAAAUCAGUAACAAAACAGGAUCACUGGAGUGUGUUCGGUGUCCUGAGCGGUUCUGGUCCAGCUCAGACCAUACAGUCUGUGUUCCUCUGCAGCUGGAUUUCCUUUCUUACGGUGACACCAUGGGAAUCAUCCUGUCCAUUGUCUCAACUGUUGGGGCAGCACUGACUGCUGCCACAUUCGCCACCUUUCUUUGCUACCGACAUACACCUCUGGUACGAGCCAACAACUCAGAGGUGAGCUUUAUGCUCCUGCUUUCCCUCAAGUUGUGCUUCUUGUGUGCGCUGACCUUCAUUGGACAGCCAGCGGCUUGGUCCUGUAAGCUGAGACACACACUGUUUGGAAUCAGCUUUGUGUUGUGUAUUUCCUGCCUGCUGAGCCGCACUAUGGUGGUUCUAGUGGCCUUUCAUUCUACGCUCCCAGGGGAAAACCUGAUGCGUUAUGUUGGGCCUGCUCAGCAAAGGGUGGCCAUCUCCAUCUGCACUCUAGUACAGGUGCUGAUCUGUGUGCUGUGGCUGACCCUGGCUCCGCCUCGGCCUACAGAAAGAGACAGCAUGGACAAGCGGGGACCCAAGAUCAUUCUUGAAUGUGCUAUGGGCUCUGUGGUGGCCUUUUCACUUGUCCUAGGCUACAUUGGCCUGCUGGCCUGUCUCUGCCUCCUCUUGGCCUUCAUGGCAAGAAAACUUCCUGACAACUUUAAUGAAGCCAAGCUGAUCACCUUCAGCAUGCUGAUCUUCUGUGCUGUCUGGGUGGCCUUUGUGCCUGCCUACAUCAGCUCCCCUGGGAAGUAUACUGUCGCAGUAGAAAUUUUUGCCAUUCUGGCCUCCAGUUAUGGCCUUCUGUUGUGUAUCUUUGCCCCAAAGUGUUAUAUUAUUCUUCUGAGGCCAGAGAAAAACUCCAAAAAACAUUUAAUGGCCAGAUAG